AAUGUGUAUAUGUGUUGUAACAGAUUUUUUGAAAUAAAUAUGAAAGAAUGAAAUGUUAGACCAUUUGAAGUAAUCAAUUCUUUAAGAAGCUACAAAGAAAAUAAAGAAAGAAUAUUUGUGUGUAAAUAAGAAUAUAAAAUGUUUGAGUCUCCGAAAAGUCUCCUUGAGGUUUGCAUUGAUUUUAUUUGUAAUAAUGUUUUGGAUUUAUGUGAUGUACAUCUUGGUGAUACAGAAGAACAUUCCCCUAAUUCAUUGGAUACAACUACUUGCAGUAAAGCAUCUAAUGAUGGAUCAUCGAGUUCAGCAACAAGACUUAGUUUUAGACAUCCAGAUGCUUUUUUACCAGCUGAAGUAUCAGAACAAUUAUUGGCUAAUCUUUGUGAGAAAAAAACAUUAUCUGAUUUGACAAUUACACUUUUUAAUUCAAAAUCUACCAGGUUAAGGCAUGUACGAUUAAAAGAUGCAUCUGCAUUAUCAACAAAAGGUUUAAAAGUUUUAAAACAACAUAAAGUGGUAGAUUUGAUGGUAAAUGGUUUAAAAAUAACUGUUAAUGAUCUGAUAAGUUGUUUAGGUGAUUGGAGUGUACAAAAUCUUAGAUCAUUGAGUGUAGCAAAAGGAAGUUUUAUAGAUUGUUCACGGUAUUGUGUGGUAGUAACAUUAAGUAAAUUGAGGUCAUUGCAUACAUUAAAUGUAUCAGGUACAGAAUUUAAUAAACAUGGAUUGGAAAUAGUAGUUGAGGAUCUUCCCCUUUUAGAAAGUUUAGAUAUUUCAUGUACAAAAGUUGAUGAUAUAACACCAUUAAAAAAGUGUAAAAAUCGUUUAAAAACACUUAAUAUGUAUAACUUAAAGAUAAAUGAAAGUGCAGAUUUAAUUUCAGUAUUAUUGGAGUUGAAUGAAUUAAGAAAUUUAGAUAUUUCAGAUGAAAAAGAUAUGCAUGCUCUUAAUUGUGUGUUGGGGCCUGAAAAGCCAAAAAUAACAGAUUUUUUAAAAGCUGUGCACUGUAUGCCAUAUCUAACUAGUUUAGAUUUAUCUGGUAAGGGUGAUAUAGAUCCAAAAGAUUUGAAAGAAUUUAUAAAAGCUCACACACACUUAAGGUUUUUGGGACUUGUAAGUACAGAUGCUUGUUAUGAUGACAGUUUAACAAAUCCAACAGAUGAAUACUAUAGGCCUGGACUUGUUGUUACUGGUACAGCAACAGAAUCUCAAAUCUUAGAAGGUCUUAAGAGAUAUACAUGCAGACCACUUUAUCUUGAGAAAUGUUUAUUUAAUUUAUUCCGUUUGACACAUAAUUUUCUUGAAUCUCGGAUUGAUGUUAUAAAGUUAGUAUUACCUGCAAUGAGAGAACAUCCACAAGAAGUACGUAUACAAGUGCCAUGUACUGCAUGUCUUUAUAAUCUCACUAAAGGUGAAUUCUCCAUCAUGAUUCACCCAUCAAUUCUUAAACAAGUUGUUGAAUUAACAAUGAUAGCAAUGGAAUCUUAUCCAACCAACUAUCGACUUCAGAUGAAUACAUUAUUAAUUUUAUGUAGUGAUAGAAUACUACAGGAAAUAACUUUUGACAAAUAUAGAUGUGCAAGAUUAGUAUUAAAUUCUUUGUUAACAUUUAAUGAACCAUCAAUGAAUCGUAUGUCUGUUGCUAUUUGCUCUAUAUUAGCAGCAAAAAUAUCAACAGUAGAAACAUCAAUGCUUGGUGCUCAACCUCAGUAUAUGUCUAAAUUAUUAGCAAUGGUUAGAACUAAAGUUGAAUCAAAAUCAGUAGAUAUAACAAUGAAAUUUACAUUAAGUGCUCUAUGGAAUUUAACCGAUGAAAGUGCUACAACAUGCGAAGUCUUUUUAGAUGAAGGUGGAAUGGAAUUAUUUCUUGAAGUAUUAGAAAGUUUUCAAGGACAAUUUAGUGUUGAAACUAAAGUACUUGGCUCAUUAAAUAAUAUAGCAGAGGUAGUUCAUUUGAGACCAAGACUUAUGCAGCCUAGGUUCAUCUCUAUGCUCUCUACAUUGUUGACAUCUGUACAUAUUGAUGUAUCUUAUUUCGCAGCAGGUAUUGCUGCACAUUUGCUUAGUGAUGGUCCACGUGCAUGGGCUGCAAUAUCUUCAUUACCAAGUAGAGAUGAAUUAUUAGAACAAUUAGCUCAUACUAUAACACAUUGGCAAACUCCUCAAGGAGAAAUGGUUGCAUAUAGAAGUUUUCAUCCAUUUUUUUCACUUUUGCUUUGUCGAAAUGCUUAUCCUGUUCAACUUUGGGCAGUUUGGGCAAUACAUCAUGUAUGCACAAAAAAUCCAAAACGUUAUUGCAGUAUGCUAAUCAGAGAAGGUGGAGUAGAAAUAUUAAAAUAUUUAGAAAAUAUGCAUACAGAACACACAACAAGACCAAAGUUACAAAGUUUAUGUCGAUCAAUUUUGGAGACACUUGAAUUACAUUCUUAAUAAUCACUAUUGCCUUCCAAAACAAAAUUUACACUACUGAAGUUGGUAUACUAGUCAAUGUUUAUUUCAAUGCAAUCUUAUAUCCUGUUCUUUAGACCAAAUAAUUAAAACUAUAUAUGAACAUGGAUAUUUAUCGAAGAAGGACUAAAAUGAAUAAAGUCCAAGAUAUUGCUAUUAAAU